AUGAAGAUUGCCUUCGUCCUCGCUACUCUUGCUUCCGCCGCUCUGGCCGAUAGCUGGAGGUACUGCGCUUGUCAGCAGGCGACUGAUAGCUCCACUCUCGUCGAUGGCGCUACUACGACCUGCUGCACUGCUGGCUCCAUUAAAGCUAUCAAUGGGAUUUCCGAGGGUUCUAUCACCUCCGAGCUGCGGUUCCCUGGCAACUACUGCUAUGCCCCUGACAAGCAGGAUGGUGACCAGUUCUACUCGUGCUGCAAGUCGAACGGUGCUGGCGACUCUGCCUGCAUCAACCGCUACUAA